AUGGUGGAUUGCCUUGUUGUUGUUACAGGGGAUACAGUGGCAAAGAUGUAUCUUAAACUAGCUGGUUGUUAUUUGAAGUCGAAGGAUGGUCAUUGCAAGUAUGAAGCUGCCAUGGCCUAUAUGCAUGCGGGUGACAUCUACAAAAAGAUCUCUGCUAAAGAUGCGAUAUCAUGCCUAUGUCAGGCAGUGAAUCAGUUCUUGGAAGUUGGCAGAUUUCAGAUGGCUGGUUUAAAUUGCGAGGUAAUUGGAAAGUUAUAUGAGCUUGAGCAGAAUAUUGAGAAAGCCAUUGUUUAUUUUGAGCGGGGUGCUGAUCUGUUCCAAAGUGAGGAACCCUUCACAUCCGCAGACCAGUGCAACCGGUGCAAGCAGAAGGUUGCACAGUUUUCAGCUCAACUGGAGCAGUAUCCUAGGGCAAUUGUGAUAUAUGAAGAUUUUGCAAAAGAGUCCCUCAACAAAAACCUCUCGAAGUCUAGUGUGACAGGUUACCUUCUCAAUGCUGGUCUUCGCCAACUCUGUAAAGCCGAUGUUGUUGUAAUAUCCAACGCACUAGAGCGCUAUGAGUUGGAUCCGACUUUUUCAGGAACACGUGAAUACAAGUUUUUGGCUGUAAGUGGUUGCUCGUGA